CAAAACGCAAAAGAUGUAAUGUUCGUUCCUCACUCUUCCCUCAGUGCUGCCUUGCCCUUUGCGGAGGCUGAGAAGUGUGAACACAUCCUGUUUAUCUCAGCAGCACCACCACCGUGCUGGGUUCAGUGGCAGCGGUGCAGACAGAUCUGGCCCCGCCAUGGAAGCGCUGCCUGUCUACCAUGGGGGCAUCACUCGUGAGACUGGGGAGAAGCUGCUGCUGGCGGCGGGUGCUGAUGGCAGCUACCUGCUGCGGGACAGUGAGAGCAUCCCGGGGGUCUACUGCCUCUGUGUGCUGCACCAGGGUUACGUUUAUACCUACCGAGUAUCCAAGACAGAAUCUGGGUCCUGGAGUGCUGAGACGGCGCCCGGGGUUCACCGGCGGCUCUUCCGGAAAAUGCACAACCUCAUUUCAGCCUUCCAGAAACCCGACCAGGGCAUUGUUACACCCCUGAAGCAUCCGGUCAUCAACUGUGCAAAAGCCAGGUAUUCCCCAGGUAGAAAUGACGGUCGUGACUACCUGCAGCCAUCAUGAAGACAUUUCCCAGUGGAAUAACCCUAGCUCCCAGUAGUGCCUUCAGUCCUGCUCUAGAACAGCACAAGCUAUGAGAGUUAGUACAACUCUGUGAGUUUUCUUGUAACAUUUGCUGAAAUGUGUUUCAUAGUAUUUCUAGCUCAAAGUUUAGAAGUUUUAGGUUUCAGAAUUUUUUUUUAAUUUUAAUUUUUUUUUUUUGGUAAGAGAUAAGACAAAAGCAUCAACUACUAAAUGGUGUCAUAUCUUUUUUUUUCUUUUUUGCAGUCCUAAGUGCAAAAUAUUUUCUAAUCUCAAGACUAGUUGCUGUAUUUAUACAUAAACUGACUUUCAACUCUUCUGUGCUUUCUUCUGAUAGGCAUUUAUGGGCAAGACCCCUUUUGUAGGCUUAGGAAAAUUGUUUAUAUCAAGUGUCCUUUCCUUGAACACAGACUUGGUGUCUAUGUGACUGUCAUACAGUUCCAAAAGGUAUUCCAGACAUGGCCUCAGGAGAAUCCCCACUAGCUGGUUUCCCAUCACAUCAGGCUCUCUGCAAUCCAACAGAACUACUCAGUGCUGUCUCCACGUACAAAAUUUCUAAUUUGCACAAAGAAUUGAAAGCUCAAGUAAUGUUCUGAGUAAAUGAGAACAAUCGCCAGUGGAGAACCUCAUACUUUUUAUUUUUCCAAUAUUUUCUCGACUUGAAAAAAUCCCCACCACGUGUAAUUAAAAAAAAAAAUAUAUAUAUAUAUAUAUAUAUGCAUAUAUUUACACAAUAUUUACUUUUAUUUCGCUGUCAUGUGUUUUAGUAAGUUGCUGCUGGGCUCCUGUAGGAGAGGCUUACACCUGGAGGACUUGCUGGCUUGCAGGGUUAGCACUAGAGUGCUGGAGCACUUGGCUGCUUAACUGGGUGAGCUGCCUGGCCUGGCCAGCAGUGGGGAACACUUCCCAACAGACUUGAUGUGCUGCAGCCCUCUUGGUUUGUGUUGUGUUACGGUUUCACCAGCAGAAAUGGGCCUAUCACAAAAGUACUCCCUUCAAAGGGCACAGCUAAUGUUGAUUGCAAAUGGGUGAAAAAAUAACCCCCAAAAACAAUGUCUGUAAACCUGCAAAGAAGGAGGACAUGGGUGUCCUGAUGGACAACAGAGUGGCCAUGAGUUAGCAGUGUGCUCUGGUGGCCAAGAAGGCCAACGGGACUCUAGGGUGCAUUACGAAGAGCAUGGCCAGCAGGGCAAGGGAAGUGAUCCUCCCUCUCUGCUCUGCCCUGGUGAGGCCAUAUCUGGAAUGCUGUGUCCAGUUCUCCUUGGUUCAAAAA